AAAAAGCUUAAUAAAUGACAAAACUAAGGCCCGAUGGGCUCUCGCUAGGGAAAUGGAAGAAUACUCAGCGUCGGCGACCAUCGUUCCGUUCGACCGCCCGAUACCGUUGCUCCGGGGACCAAUUCCCGCCGGAGGCUCGGAAUCAGGUCAAUACGUUCUAGCCUUCCGAUCACUGGAUUCAUGGGCCGCCGCUUACAAGCGUUGCGAAACCCUAAUCAAGGAGCAGUGCGAGGAAGGUGCCAAAACUGGGUGCGCCGUCUCAGCGUCCAACAACUGUAAGCCUCCAUGGUGGCGGAGAUUAGGCGGUGGCGCCGUGGUGGACAUGAGGGAACGAGACAAGUGCGAAGAGCGGGAGUUCAACGAAUGUUUGGGUGUCGCCAAGGACAAGUGCUCGGGAUUCGCUAAAGAAAAGUGCUCUGCUGCGUUUUUAGACGCAAGAAUCGCGGUGGCGACGGAGAUUGAGGGUUUGGUCUGGCUAGCGUCAGUGCCGGAGGACAGCAAGUGGUUGGGUUCACUGGUUCAUGCAAGACGCAAAACCAACCGUAGAGCCAGAGAUGUUCUAAAAUCUAAAAAGACAUAAACUAUUUCAUUUCUUUGUCUGAUAAGCACUUGUAUUGCUUCCGACUUUGUUUUUCUUCCAAAUGCUUGAUUAGCUCUUGCUUUAUCUCUACUUAGGGCUGGUACUUCUGAUAUUCGGGUCGGAUCCGGGUAAGAUCCGAUCAGGUCCGUCUUUUCGGAUAAAUGAAUUCUAUAUCCAAUGGUUACUUAGUAAAUUUUAGUUUGGGUUUUCGAUCGGAUACCACCG